AUGAGUAUUCCAUAUCUUGAUCUAUGUGCUGCUACCCUGUUGACAAGGCUCAUUUCAUUCGUAGUCAGUUCUCUUCAAUGUUUUGAUGUGCCUAUUUUCUGUUGGAUGGCUUCUUCGAUAAUCCGUAGGUGGCUGCAAAAUCAGCCAGCUACUUUGCCAGUUUUUGUCGUUAAUUGUAUUUCUAAUAUCCAAACUAAAUUACGCUCUGCCUUGUGGAGACAUGUACCCUUCAAACAGAAUCCAGCUGAUAGCGCUUCGCGUGACCUCUCAGCAGAAGAUUUACUAACUUUCUCUCUUUGGCGGGAAGGCCCAACAUGGCUGCCUAGCUCCUCAGCUGAAUGGCCUCAGUGCAAAACACCAAUCCUCGAUUCUGUGAAACAUGACAAAGCAGCUACCCUACUAACUAAAACUGAAGUUAAGAAUGAUUGGCAACCUAAAUUGCUCGAUUGA